AUGGCUACUUAUUGCGUCGGCGAUCUCGCCUUCAUGGUCGAUGGUACCAACUCGCAAGAGAGGACAUACGUCUGUCUGUCUGUUUUUCCGGUCUUCGCCGCCAAUUAUUGGAUAAUAAUUGGAGGGGGGUCUCAAUUCUCUCUCAGGAAAAAGGAGUCAACAAAUUCUCGUCUUGAGAUACCAAACGAACGAGACAGAGAGAGAGACAGAGACAUACAGGAUCUCUGCAAAGUGUUAUCCGGUCUCACCGCGGCUGAUGCUACCAUCACGGGCUCCUCGGACAACCAAUUUUUGUUGUCGUCCGCGUACCUCGUGUUCUUUAUGCAAGCCGGAUUCGCGAUGUUAUGCGCCGGUUCGGUGAGAUCUAAAAAUACCAAGAACAUUUUGAUCAAGAACGUCUUGGACGCGUGCGUCGGGGCGAUUGCGUUCUUCAUCUUUGGCUUCGGCUUCGCAUACGGGACGAAAGAAGGCAAAUCAACGAAUGAAUUUAUCGGAAACUGGAACUUUGGCUUGCAAGAUUUCACCGAUUGGGCUGGUUUCUUGUUUCAAUGGGCGUUCUCUGCGGCAGCGGCGACGAUUGUUUCCGGUUCCGUCGCGGAAAGAACGGCAUUCCAAGCCUAUUUGGGCUACUCUUUCUUUCUCACCGCGUUCGUCUACCCAGUCGUCGUUCACUGGGUCUGGGAUGGAAAUGGAUGGCUCACAGCGUUCAAAGACAACGAUAAACUCUUUGACUGUGGUAUGUAUGACUUCGCCGGCUCUGGUGUCGUUCACAUGACUGGUGGCGUCGCCGGUUUGAUGGGUGCUAUGAUCGUAGGCCCGAGAACUGGCAGAUUCGGCCCGGAUGGUCGCGUCGUCGCUAUGCCGGGACACAACGCCUCGUUAGUUGUCUUGGGUACGUUUAUUCUUUGGGUCGGAUGGUACGGUUUUAACCCGGGGUCACAGUUGGCAAUCAUUGGUUCGGAAGCCGUCGUCGCUAGAACCGCCGUCUCGACUACUUUAUCCGCCGCCGCCGGCGGCGUGACUGCCAUGGCCAUCAACUAUGGAUUAUAUCACGUUUGGGACUUGAUUGCCGUGUGCAACGGUGUUUUGGCUGGUUUAGUCGGCAUCACCGCCGGUUGCUCCGUCACCGAACCGUGGACUGCUAUCGUUUGCGGCUUUAUCUCCGCGUGGGUCAUCCACGGCGCUGGUAAAUUGCUCUUGAAGCUUAAGAUUGACGAUCCUUUGGAAGCGGCGCCGAUGCACGGCGCGUGCGGCGCCUUUGGCGUCUUCUGGGUCGGUCUCAUGGCAAAGAAAGAAUACGUCGCCGAAGUCUACAGCGGCGCCGAGAAGUGCGCGGGUGUCUUUUAUGGCGGCGACGGCAGUUUGCUCGGCGCCCAAGUCGUCGGCGUCAUCUGCAUUUUCCUCUGGGUCGGCGGUUUGCUCGGUCUCUUCUUCUUGGCGUUGAAGAAAAUGAACAUGUUGAGAACGUCUCCGGAAGAAGAACAGUUGGGUUUGGAUGAGUCCAAGCACGGUGGUUCGGCGUACAACAUGGAGUUGGUCGCUCCAAUGCCGACGGAAAUGUAA